ACCCUGCUCUACACUUCACCUGCUCUCUUGGAGCUCAUCGAAAUAAAGCUAUCGCGACCCGUUAUCGAAUAUGUCGUUGAUUGUGUAGUAGACACUGUCAACUAUGCUAUGGGUCGUCCAUCAUCAUCUCGUCGUGGCCGCAGCAUGUCUCGCCACCCAGAGCACACAAAAUUCACUACAUUCGUCUCCAAUGUCCUCACUCGAGCAGAAGUCACCAUUCCUACACUUCUCGUCUCCUUGGUUUACAUCAAUCGUGCCAAACCUCACUUGCAAAUCGCUCUAGAGGAGUGGGCGUGCGAGCGCGUCUUUCUCGGCGCCGUAAUGGUUGCCAGCAAGUUUUCAAAUGAUUCCACACUUAAAAAUGUUCACUGGGCGCUCUGCACCGGCGUAUUCGGGAAGCGUGAUGUGGGCCGAAUUGAACGAGAAUUCCUCGAUGUUCUUGAUUUUGAUUUGUCAAUUACCGAGGAUGACAUUCUAAGCCACCACGAUAGCUUGUCUUCAGUCGCUCUUCCUUCCCACGACUUUCGCAGGCUCGCAGACUACUCUCCAUCCCACGCGCGCUCCCAAUACCACCGUUCACACCAUGUUAAUUGUCCAGAUUUGGAUCCCUCUAGCCCCCACUCUUCAUCUUCUGAGAGCUCGCCUCAGCCACUUACUCCCGAGGCUGUGGCAAACUCUUCAUUCAAUCCUGUUGUCAAGUCGCAUCACGACGCUAUGGAACUUGUAAUUCCUCCCCCACCACCACCAAAGAAGUCGCAUCAUUCUUCAUCUACACUCGACCUGCUACGCUCAUUCCCUCUUCCCGUACCUCAUUCAAAUUCACGUUCUCAGCCUGCUACUUCCUACAAGCCGCACAACCGUUAUUCGCAUUUCCCUUUUAAGAAUCCAAUUAUGCCAGUCGCUGCAUAGAUAUCUUUCUCCAACACAACGUCUUAAUUCGUUCAGUGGUGUUCUUUUCUCUUCUUCUUCGUAACGUUAUUAUGUGGUGUCGCUAUAUUUUCAAGACUUAUUCCACAACAGCCUCGUGCUCAAAAGCUUAUCGUCAUACAUACAGUACUAUCGCCAAAUACUAUCGUUUAUCUGCUCCAA